UCUUUGAAACGCGCCGUUUCGGUUUCACCGUUUGCGCCCGUAGGUCGAUUGAUCAAGUUUUGUGCGUGGCUUGAUCCUAGGCGGAACGGACCAUGGAAACCCUAGACGCAACUUCUUCUUGUUCUUCUUCUGCUUCAAAUCUCCAAAGCCCUAGCUCCAAAACUGCACAACCACCACCUUCUGUCAUUCGCCUAUGGAGACCAGCCGCGCAGCGAAACCUACGAAACCAGUGGUCGAAAUUAGCUUCCUACAGACAACAAUGGACUUCUACUGCCUCAAAGGGAAGGUCACAUGCCACAGAUCUUGUCAAUGCUUAUCUCUCUCAAAGAUAUAUGCCUGCCAUGGAGUUGGGUGUUCUGAGUGAUAUGCCCAAUAUUAGAAAGAAAGCUUGCAUGAAAUUAUUAAAGCAGCAGGGCCUUCAUGGGAGCAAACUUUUGUCAGCAUACAAGGAUAUGGUGGCUGUCGUGACUCACAUGGUCAAUACCAGUAGAUCCAUGAGAUGUUUCCUUAAAGGGACUAGCAGCAGUCCACUUGUGCAAUUUUCUAGCUUAUCUGAGGAUACAAAUGACCUUGGAGAUGGUGGAGGAACUCCAGCCUUUCUCUUUUGGCCAAUCUCUUCUUUCGAGAAAUUAGCGGAGGAACUUGUUCAGAUGUUCAUACUUGAACUAAAUUUGAAGCGGUUGCUUGUAGUGGAGUUACUCUCCAUCAGUUGUGAAGAAGCUCCACAAGAUGAUCGAUAUUGUUGGUCAGAUGAGCUGUAUCCAGGGGAAUUUGAUGAUUUGGGUAUAUGCAGCUUGCAUUCAAAAGAAAUUGGUGAGCUUAUUCCCCCAAAAAUAAUAGGUUUUGAAUCUCAUUCGCCUGUUAUACGUUCUAAUCAGCAGCCAGAUCAUGAGAUCUUACAGGUUUACCUUACAACUUGGCUUGCAGAGGUGAACAUUGAUACACAUAGGGUCGAUGAAAUAUUUGCUGUAAUUGGGGAGGAAAUGCACGUUAGCCUUUCAUGAACCUGCUUAUAUGGCAAAAAGGAGAGAAGUGCUACUACAAUGAAUCCAUCAAAGAUUCUGCAGACCACAAUAGGCUAAAAAUUGGAUUGUCCUAUAAUUUAUCUAUAUCUAUACCAUAUGUAAAAGAGCAGAGUGUUAGGACUUUUUUUUUCCUGAAAUAUCCUGUUCAUCGCACUUAUGUACGCAUACAUCCUAUUAUUAUUUUAUUGAAUUAAUUUGGAUAAUGUUUUUUUUUUU